AUGACCACUAACAAAGUCCAGAUCCCCGUUGUCUCCAUGAUUCCCGGCAUCGGUGAUGCCGUUCGUCAACAACUUUCGUCACCAAUAGCUUCAUCCGUCGCAGCCAAACUGUACCAGUCGUCCAAGCUCGAUAUCGUCGACCUACCUAUGCCUGUGGUUUGUCCUCCCAAUGCCAGCAAUAACCACCAGCCCGAAGAACCUGUCGAUGUUGCCACAUCCUUUGCCCCCAAGUGGAAUCUCGACCCCAAGCAGCAGCAGAUUUUAGAAGACGCUGAGAUACUCUUUAUGGACGCCCAUGUAGCUGCACCACUGUUGCUCGCGCCCAAGACAAACCUGCCAUUUGAGCUGCAGCAUCUGCUGAAGAAAGUGAAAUGGGUGCAAGGCACCUACGCUGGAGUGGACUCGUAUCACCAAUACCCUACUGCCUCAGAAGCCCCAGGCUUUACGGUCUCACGUGCAGGUGGGAUCAUGCCGACAGCGUUGGCUCAAUUUGUUUUCGGAUACGUAAUUGCGAUUGAGCGCAAACUCUUUCAGGCGACACAGUACCAGAAGAAGCGCGUGUUCGGUCGAUGGGAACUCAAGUACCGCUCGUUCCAGCAAUUGACGAUCGGCAUCCUCGGUCUCGGUGAAGUUGGUCAGGAGAUCGGCCGCAUAUUCAAAGCGGCUGGGUUCCAAGUAGUAGGGUUUAAGCGUCGUGUAAGUGACGAAGAUAGGAAAGCGCUUAUAAUGAGUGCUGACCGCAUAUUAACUGACUUGGGUGAGGUUCUAGAGCACAGUGACUAUGUGGUGAAUGUCCUGCCCAGCACGAGUGCAACUCGUUACUUACUGACUGAGAAUACGCUCAAGCGUUGCUGUAACAAAACGCCGGUAUUCAUUAAUGUUGGUCGCGGCGAUGUCAUUUCGGAGAAAACAAUACUUGCCGCUCUUGACAAGGGUCUGCUGUCAAAAGCCGUGCUCGAUGUUUUUGAACAGGAACCACUGCCGAGAGAGAGUCCAUUAUGGUCGCAUCCGAAGGUAAUUGUAACACCGCAUAUUGCUGGCACUGUUUUCCCGGAGGACGUCGCGGAUGUAUUUGUGAAAAACCUCAACCGUUAUUUGGAAGGAAAAGUGGUGCUGUAUCAGAUGGAUUGGUCAAGCGGCUACUAG